AUGUAUAUCUAUCCUAAACCAACUUACGUCAUCCCAAAGGUCUAUCCAUCACCAGCUUACGUCGUUCUCAAAGUUUAUCCAUCGCCAGCUUACGUGGCUCCCAAAUAUGCUGCUCAUAAAGUCUACCCAUCACCGGUUUAUGUUGCUCCCAAAGCCUACCCAUCACCAGCUUAUCAUGCUCCUAAAUAUGUCGCUCCCACAGUUUAUCAAUCACCAGUUUACGUCUCUCCUAAAUAUGUCUCUCCCAAAAUUUACCCAUCACCAGCUUACGUCGUUCCCAAAGUGUACCCAUCACCAGCUUAUGUUGCUCCCAAAGUGUACCCAUCUCCAGCUUACGUAGCUCCUAAAUAUGUAUACGCAUCACCACCACCACCAGCUUACGUCGCUCCCAAAGUUUACACAUCACCAGCUUACGUCGCUCCCAAAGUGUACCCAUCACCAUUUUACGUUGCUCCCAAAGUGUACCCAUCUCCAGCUUACAUAGCUCCUAAAUAUGUGUACGCGUCACCACCACCACCAGCUUACAUCGCUCCCAAAAUAUGUCCAUCACCAGCUUAUGUCGCUCCCAAAGUAUACCCAUCUCCAGCUUACGUAGCUCCCAAAUAUGUGUACUCAUCACCACCACCACCAGCAUAUGUAGCUCCUAAAUAUGUGUACCCAUCACCACCGCCACCGGCUUACAUCGCUCCUAAGGUCUAUCCAUCACCAGCUUACGUCACUCCCAAAAUAUACCCAUCACCGGCUUAUGUAACCCCCAAAUAUGUGUACGCCUCACCACCACCACCAACUUAUGUUUCCUCUAAAUACGUCACUCCCAGAGUCUAUCCAUCACCAGCGUACGUUAUUCCAAAAGUCUACCCAUCACCAGCUUAUGUCGCCCCCAAAUAUGUCUCUCCCAAAGUCUACCCAUCACCAGCUUAUGUAGCCCCUAAAUACAUGUACUCAUCACCACCACCACCACCAGCUUAUGUUGCUCCCAAGUACGUCUCUCCCAAAGUCUACCCAUCCCCAGCUUAUGUCGCUCCUAAAAUAUACCCAUCCCCAGCUUACGUUGUUCCCAAAGUAUACCCAUCACCAGCUUAUCUCGUUUCCAAAGUCUACUCAUCACCUGCUUACGUCGCUCCCAAAGUCUACCAUCACCAGUCUACGUCGUUCCCAAAGUCUACCCAUCACCAGCCUACGUCGUUCUCAAAGUCUACCCAUCACCUGCAUACGUCGCUCCGAAAUACGUAUAUCCAUCACCACCACCACCGGUUUACGUCGCUCCCAAAUAUGCCUAUCCAUCUCCUCCACCACCAGCAACCUACUACUAAAAACCUCUCCGACCACUAA